ACCUCAAUACACAAACCCCUCUCUCCUCUGCUAAUUGCAAAGCUCCACCGACCGGAUCCGUACCCGAGACCAGAUCCGGGUGAUUUGGACGCUAGAACGACCCCGUCUUUUUCAAAGACAAAGAAGGACAAGAAUAUCCUGGUCAAGGUAUUUAGGGCUUCCUUUCUCUUCUCUUCAAACAAGUGAUAGAUAGGGAGUGAGAGAGCUGCGCUGUGCGCUGUGGCCGAGCCCGCAGUGAGUUUUGGUUCUCAGAGCAAUACCUAUUACUUUUGAACACUUUGCGAUUGUUAUUAUAAUGGCUUCAUCAUGGAGGGACCCGACUAGGACCUUUCUGAUUGAUCCCAAUGACCUUCCUAGCAAGGCAUGUGAAGUUCUGUACAAGGCCCAUGAAGCAGCCAUUAAGGAGUUGAAGCCCGGAAACAAAGCUUGUACUGCUUAUGAAGCAGCAGUUUCUGUUGUAAAGAAGGAGGCCCCUGAAUUGUCGUGUAAGAUGACAACAAAUACUAGACCAGGCGUUAUCUUUGAAUCUGUUUUGGAUCUCAAUGGGCAAAAUGAGCGACUGAUGAAAGAAGGCGAGGUGUUUAAUGUGUCCCUCGGUUUUGAGAACCUGCAGUAUUCCGAAGGAAAAAGACUCUCUAUGUGGCUAGCAGACACUGUUACUGUACAGAGUGUUGUUCCUGAGGUUCUGACAGCGGAGUGUUCUAAAACCAAUGACAAUAUUAAAUUACCCUUAGCUGACAAUGGAGGAGAAAGGCAGCCAGAGUUCAUGAUAUUUGAUGAUGAUGAUGUAGAAAUCUGCAAAAACCGGAAAACAACAGAGAUGGAGGUGUUGAAGGAGUGCGUCGAUGGAGUUGGAAACCGGACACCUGAGGCAGAAGCCCCUACCCAUCAUUCUCCCACCUUGAUCCAGCUUUUCCCCAAUUUGUCCCAUCAGCUGCCACGCCAGGGAGUGCCAAAUGGUCGUCUAAUCCGCAUUCAAUUCUGGCCUCCUCCUCCGCCCCGUGAUGAUUAUAGGGCUACUGUGAGGUAUAUAGAAUACGCAAGAAGUCAACUUAAGAAUGGAAUCGUUUCACAACAAAUGGUAGAUUCGGCUAAGGAAACGGUACGCCGCCUUAGAUCGAAAGGAUAUUCCAACUUAGAUGAGGAUGAAGCAAUCACUCUAAAGGACAGCUUUCACUUCCUUGGUAGGCUAGAAAGCACCCCCUCUUCCUUUAGGGAGAGGUUUCUUAAAUUUGCUGAAGACAUUCCAAGCCGUGUCCGCUGCCUCCGUCAAAUGCAGGAAGCAUUGAUUGAUCAGCCAAAUCUUGUAGAGCAAGAGAGACAAUGCAUAGCCGAAAUUCAGAACAGAAUGCAAGCCCGCGCUCUAAGAAACCAACAGUUGGAUGAGGAAGAAGUGACGAUCACUUGUGAGAGGGCUAAGAGAGAAGAGGAGAAAGAGGUUCUAAUCACCAGAUUGGAGGACAUUCGCCGCAAUGUGACUGAAAUUUCCACAGCCUUGUCUUAUAUAGAUGGUGGGAGGAUCUGAAUUAAAGUAUGAACAUUUUGCUGCAAAUUGACUUUUUAGUCUUGUAUUGGAUUGUUAGGAGGAUAUGGUUCCCCUUUCUACUGAUCUUUCUAACAUUUGGAUUGUAAUGUUUGGCCGAGUUUGUCUACUGUUUUCUGAGAAAGAAAUGCAUAUAAGAUCACAACUAUGUUUUGUUCUUUAUU